GUGUUGUUGUUUGCUUGUUCCCUAACGAAUGCAGGAGCAACGCUCUCGACAUGGAGAACUUCAAAGCUGAACUCAAUGUCCCGGGAGGCACCAAAGUCCAGUUUGAAAUCCAUUACCAAGAGCCGAUCCGGAGGAAAUUGUCAACAUACGAGCACAUUAUCCCCGUGCAGCCUGGCCGGCUGGCCAAGCACUUCGAAGUGGACGUCCAUAUCAUUGAACCCCAGGGGCUUAGUUUCGUUCAUGUUCCCAAUGCACUCGGCGAGCACUUCGCAGGGAUUCCUACCAUUUCCAAAGGAGAGAAAAAGGCUCAUGUGUCGUUCAAACCAACGGUGGCCCAGCAACGGAAGUGUCCCACCUGCUCCUCUACGGCUGUCGACGGCAACUUUGUGGUGAACUAUGAUGUCAAGAGAGAUAGCAAACCUGGCGAGCUGGAGAUCUUUAAUGGCUACUUCAUCCACUACUUUGCUCCUGAAAAUAUGGACCCCCUGCCAAAAAACAUUCUUUUUGUCAUCGAUGUCAGUGGCUCAAUGUGGGGACUGAAAAUGAAGCAGACUGUUGAAGCCAUGAAAACCAUCCUGGAGGACCUCCGUUCUGAUGACCAGUUCUCAGUCCUGGACUUCAACCAUAAUGUCCGGUGCUGGAGAGACAGUUUAGUGCAAGCCUCCAAGUUGCAGACAGAAGCCGCCAAGAAAUACAUUGAAGGGAUCCAUCCCAAUGGAGGGACAAACAUUAAUGACGCUCUCCUCCGAGCAAUCUUCAUCUUAAACGAAGCGAACAAGCUGGGAAUGUUGGAUCCCAACUCGGUAUCCAUGAUUGUGCUGGUGUCCGAUGGAGACCCGACGGUCGGAGAACUCAAGCUGCCUACGAUUCAGAAGAACGUGAAGAAGAAUAUUAGGGACGACAUCUCUUUGUUCUGCCUCGGGAUUGGGUUUGACGUGGAUUACGAUUUCUUGAAAAGGCUGGCUCACGAAAACAACGGGAUGGCGCAAAGGGUUUUUGGAAAUCAGGAAACCUCCUCUCAAAUGAAGAAAUUCUUCAACCAGGUCUCCACUCCACUUCUCAAAAAUCUGGAGUUCAACUACCCACACGGACUUGUGUCUGACGUCACUCAUAACACUUUCCAGAACUAUUUUGGAGGCUCCGAGAUUGUGGUGGCUGGAAAAGUUGACACAGCGAAUGCACAGCAUUUGCAGAGUGUGAUAACAGCCACAGCCUCCAACGCUGAACUGGUCUUAGAGACCUUGGCCGAUGUGGAGGGUCUGGAUGAGUUCCUGAAAAAAGACAAGCACGCAGAUCCAAAAUUCACGGAAAAAUUGUGGGCGUACAUUACCAUCAACCAGCUCAUGGCUGAGAGGAACUUGGCCCCAACUGCUGCCCUAAAAAAAAACAUCACCAAGACCAUCCUACAGAUGUCCCUGGACCACCACAUCAUCACGCCCUACACGGCCAUGCUGAUUGAGAGCCCCAACGGAGAAGAGCUGAUGUUGGCCGAUUCUCCCCAGGACCGCAAGAGGGCCUGCUGCCCAGGGGCUUUGACGAUUGGCCAGGCAAAACCCGACAGCUCCAUCCCUUCGUGGGCCAAUCCCACCUCCAAGGUGCCAUUGUCUCUUCUCAUGGGCCCAACGGCGGCUGCCGUCCACCAGGUGGAUAAUGACCCCCAUUUUAUCAUCAACCUGCCGAGGCAGCAGAAAAACGUCUGCUUCAAUAUCGAUUCCGAACCCGGUGCGAUCCUGAACUUAAUUUCAGAUGCUGAGUCUGGAAUCGCUGUUAACGGGCAGCUUAUCGGGGCCAAGAAACCCCUGAAUAAUAAACUGAGAACUUACUUUGGCAAGAUUGGGUUCCUCUUCGAAAAGAAAGGCUUAAAGGUGGAAGUCAGCACUGAAGCCAUCACCUUGAAGGAUGGGUCUUCCAGGACUUCCUUUGCCUGGUCGGAUACGGGGAGGCUCAUUCGGAGGAGACUGCUUGUGUCUGUGCAGAGAAACAACACUGUCACGAUCACAGUUGACGGAGAGAUGUCCUUCACGGUCGUCUUGCACCGGGUUUGGAAAAAGCACCCCAUCAACGUGGACUUCCUGGGAAUCUACAUUCCACCUGCAAAUAAUUUCUCAUCCAGCGUGCAUGGCCUAAUUGGUCAAUUCAUGCUUGAGCCCAACGUACAGGUCUACAAUGAGCGACCUAGCCAAGAACCCGGGAAAUCUGACGCUACGAUGGAAGUCAAAGGUCACAAGCUCACCGUCACCAGAGGUUUGCAGAAGGACUACCGCAUGGAUCGCGCAUUGGGAACCGACGUGCCUUGCUGGUUUGUGCACAACAGCGGGAAGGGUUUUCUGGAUGGUCCCUACACAGAUUACCUGGUUCCUACUUUGUACAGCUACAAGAAGCGUCCUUUUUGAGCUUCAAGCAAGCGUAGGUACGUAGCAGCCUGAUUCCGAGCUACUGAAGAGUUCAUUCAUGCAGAUCUGGUCUUUUUCCAUGAAAACCCUCGUCUGAGAGAUCAGCUGUAGCUGACCAGAUGUGGAUGGCCAGCCUUGAGGCACCGACCCCAGCAGAAUGAAGAUCGUUUUUCCCUUCUCAAAGCAAUAAACACCACACAUCACAGCCAGCUGCAUUCCUGAGGCCAUCGAUGAAGGCUGUAGUCCUGGAAGAAAGCAUGUCCUUCUCCCCGUCCAGAGCCAUCAGCCAACAUCCAGUCUGAAAGGAAGCCCAUGUAAGGUUGGCCACCCAAACUGGGAAAUCAGUCUCUACCACAGGCCAAAAUACUGUAUUUUCGCACCAAAUAAAAAGCUCUCGCUUGA